GAAAAGUUUCUACAGUGUGGUUCAGUUUUAAAAAGUGUUUUACUUAAAAUUUAAAAGUUUCAUUAAAAUGGAUAAUUUAAAUUUAAAUAAUGCUGAUGAGCUGCUCACCAACGAUAAAUUGCAACACAAAUCAUUCUCUGUAACGUCAACGACCAGCUCAUUGUCACCAUCAUCCAUCCCACGUAAAUUCUCUAUGACCAACUUAAACGAAUAUGAAAUUUGUGCAGGUACUACAACAGACGAUAGUACUAUGUGCAACCAAGAUGGCCAACAAAAUGUCAUUGGUGGUACAGAUGAUGUCAUCAGCAGGAAUACUCACACGCAUACUAAUAGCAAUGGCCAGACUGUUGAUAGUAAUGCCAUCAAACAUUCUAGCAACAAAAACUGCAUCAACAUCAAUAUCAAUAACAGCAGCAGUGACAGUAAAACUCCCAUCAAGGACUUUUACAAAGAUGCCACCAUCCUGAUCACAGGUGGUACGGGUUUUGUGGGAAAAGUAUUAAUACAAAAAUUAUUGCGUGCCUUUGAAGUGCGUAAAAUUUACAUGUUAAUACGUUGCAAAGACAACAUGACUGUCGAGCAACGUUUGGAGCAGUACUUCAAUGAAUCGAUAUUUGAUACAUUACGUGCUGAAAAUACUCAUUUGUUCGAUAAAGUCUAUCCGAUACGUGCCAAUUUUAGUGCUUUCGAUCUAGAUAUAGCUGCUAAAGAUCGUGAGUUAUUGUGCAAUGAAGUAACGAUUGUUUUCAAUGUUGUUGCCUCUGUGAAAUUUAAUGAAAAAAUUGGUGAUGCUAUCGACAUCAAUGUUUUGGGUACAAAGAAAAUAUUGGAUUUAGCCAUGGAAAUGAAAAAUUUAAAGUCAUUUGUGCAUAUUUCUACUUUAUAUUGCAAUUGCAAUUUGAAAAAGAUACAAGAGAAAGUUUAUGAAAAUGAGAUAGGUUAUGAGAAAAUUAUGCAGAUUUUCCGCAUAUUUGAUGAUGAAACUUUGGAAAAGUUUAGUCCCUGCUUAAUAGGUGAAAUGCCCAAUACUUAUACCAUGACUAAAAAAUGUGCUGAGAAUUUAGUUAACCACCGGGCCUUCUAUUUACCAGCGGGCAUAUUUAGACCUCCUAUAGUUAUGUCUACUUACAAGGAUCCCAUACCCGGUUGGACGGAUAAUUUAUAUGGUCCUUCGGGUCUUUGUACAUGGUCGGCACGUGGUUUAGUACGUUGUAUUUAUGGCAAUUCGAAGUGUAAGGCGAAUAUGGUGCCCGCCGAUUAUUGUGUUAACGCCAUGAUAUCCAGUGCUUGGGAUGUGGCCAGAAGAUAUAAAGCUGCUGCUCUAGAAUCGAAAGAAAGACAUGAAAUUCCGGUAUAUAAUUAUAUAUUCGAUAAAAAUAACUUAACCUGGGGUCAGUAUAUGCAAUUGUCACGCAAAGGAUUUCAUGAGCCUUUCGAUAAGGCAUUGUGGUGCUUUUCGUACAUAAUAAUACCAUGGAAGCCAUUACAUUAUGCCGCCUCCAUCUUUCUACAUCAUAUACCAGCUUAUGUACUAGAUUUAAUUGCCAUGGCUACCGGACAGAAAUGCAUUUACAUUAAAGCUUAUUCAAAGAUUACCAAAAUCAUUUACAUGAUGUCCUGGUUUGGUCUCAAAGAAUGGAUGUUUUCCAAUCAAAAUAUCGCUGAAUUGGAUGCAUUGAUGUCGGACGAAGAAAAGAAAGUUUUACAAUUCAAUACCAAUACGAUUAAUUGGAAUGAAUAUUUUCGUUCCUAUUUAAGUGGUAUACGAAAAUAUUUCUUCAAGGAUACGGAAAAUGAUUUACGUAAAAGAAAAACUUUUUAUCGUAGAUGGCUUUUCAUACACAACCUGUUAAAGACUUCAUUUGGUGUUACACUCAUUAUGUGCCUUCUAAGGAUUUAUUACAAACUUUUCAAAAUCAUACCAAAAAUUACACUCUAAGAUAACUGGCUGUAAACGGUGCGGUGCAGUGACUGCUGCUACACACGGACUCCCAGCAAUAAUUAAACGAACCCUGAUACCUACAUACCUUUGUACAACUAGUAAUUACGUGGUGGCCUGGUCAACAAAACCAUAAAUAACACUUGAGUAGGUGGCGGCACA